AUGACUGGCUGCGGUGAUCGGAACCGAAGAGUUCCUUUGCCCACAUCUCUCUUCAAUAAAAUUAAAAAUAAACGUAAUCCACAAGGAAGAAUAAUUUUUCCAAAUCAGCAAAAUACAGUUAAUAAUAAUGCUGUUCAGAAUGGUUAUGGUAUUAAUCCUCAACAAAUUCCAAUACAAAAAAAUUUUAAUCAAUUUCAAAAUCGUAGAAGACCAUUUAGACAACAACAACAGGGAAAUAUAUUUAAUCCAAUAUUAGCUGGUUAUUCAGGGUUUCGACCAAAUGGUUGGGGUACUGGAAUUUAUGGUGAAAGACAGAAACGUAUCAGUCAAAUUAAAUUCUUGGAGUACAUGAGAAGAAUUUAUGGUAAUGAAAAUUAUGAUGAAAACAGUGAUAUUCUGUCAGCUGAAGAUUUAAAUGGAAGAGUUAUUGCAGCUCCAGGAGAAUUUCCACAUAUUGCUGUAAUUGGCAUUAAAACAGCACGUGGUCCUGGAAAUUCUCAUUGGAAAUGUGGUGGUAGCUUAAUAGAUAUUUUUUUUGUAUUAACUGCAGCACACUGUACAGAUUUUGGAGGAGAACCACCAAAUUGGGUUAAAAUUGGUGAUGUAAAUUUAGAAGUAAGAGAAGAUACAGUUGCAACACAAAGAUUUCGUAUUGCAAAUAUUUAUCGUCAUCCAAAUUAUAAAAAUAAUUUAGAUUAUUAUGAUAUAGCUUUAAUAAGAUUAGCUCGACCAGCUGUUUUUACAAAACAUGUUCGGCCGGCAAGAUUAUGGGCAUCAGAUGAAAUACCAUUUGAAAAAGUUUUUGCAUUAGGUUACGGUUCAACAAAAUUUGGUAAAACACCAACAAAUGUUUUAACAUUUUUCAAUUUAACAAUAAUUAAUAAUAAUGAAUGUAAUAAAAGAUUACCACGUACAUCAGAAACACCAGAUGGAAUUUUAAAUAAUCAAAUUUGUGCAAUUGACAAUGAACAACAUCGUGAUACAUGUCAGGGCGAUUCAGGUGGACCAUUAGAAAUUAUAUUACCGGGUAGACGUAGAGCAAGAUAUUUUAUAAUAGGUGUAACAUCAUUUGGAUCAACAUGCGCUGGACAAAUACCAGGUGUUUAUACAAAAGUUUUUUCAUAUUUAGAUUGGAUUGAAAGUAUAGUUUGGCCAGCGACAGAACAAUAUCAACAAGAUUUUAAUUAUUAUAAUGGGAAAAAAUAAAUUUAAAUUAACAAAUAAAUUUUAAGGUUUUAUUGGUUUUAAAGUUAAAAUUUUAUCAUACAACAUGC